CGCGAUUGGCUGGCCGGGGAGGGGCGAGGUCUGUGAUUUGCUGCUAGGGGAGGGAGAGGAAGUCUGUGAUUGGCCCGUUAGAGGAUCCGCGCCUCCCCCGCCUGCUCCCAUCACUCAUGCCCUCCCCCGCUUUCCCCAAGGGAGUGGGUCGCCCUGUGCCCCAGAUCCACACUGCUUGUUCACCCCACCCCCAAGCCUGGAACAGCCGAUCUGUUCCCCCAUCCCCCACUCCGAGGCUCCCCUCCCUCAAGCCGUGACCCCGCUCUCCUUCCCUUUCUGAUUCCUUUCCAAUGGCUCCUCUUUCCCCUGACCCUCCUGUUCUAGUCCUUCCCCCGUGAUCCAUCCUCCCCAAGUGCUAACCCUCCGGAGCCCCCCUUUCCCUCCCCCGACCAUUUUCUCCCAUCCAGGACUCGGAUUCAGAAAUUGAGAGCGCCGCUUCAUCUGGAGAGGCUGAGAUGGACUUUUUACGGCAUCUGUUCUCCCGGACCCUGGGCCUGGGCAGCGAGAAGCGGGAAAAGCUGUUGGAUGAACUCUCCUUGGAAGGGGUGACCAGGUUCAUCCAGAGUGACCGAUGUCAGAAUAUCAUCUGCAUGGUGGGGGCAGGGAUUUCUACAUCUGCUGGCAUCCCUGACUUCCGCUCCCCAUCCACUGGCCUCUAUGCCAACUUGGAGAAGUACAACCUUCCAUACCCUGAAGCCAUCUUCGAGAUUGGCUACUUUAAGAAACACCCUGAGCCUUUCUUUGCUCUGGCGAGGGAGCUGUAUCCAGGGCAAUUUAAGCCCACCGUGUGUCAUUACUUCAUCCGUCUGCUCAAGGAGAAGGGAUUGCUGCUUCGCUGCUAUACACAGAACAUUGACACACUGGAGCGGGUGGCUGGCCUUGAGCCAGAGGAUCUGGUGGAAGCCCACGGCACUUUCUACACCUCUCACUGUGUCAGCUCCCACUGCCGGAAGGAGUACGACUUGGGCUGGAUGAAAGAUAAGAUCUUCUCAGAGACAACUCCCAAGUGUGACAAAUGCCAGAGUCUGGUGAAACCAGACAUCGUCUUCUUUGGGGAGACCCUCCCGGCGCGCUUCUUCUCCUACAUGCAGUCGGAUUUCCAGAAGGUGGAUCUGCUUAUUAUCAUGGGCACCUCCCUACAAGUGCAGCCCUUCGCCUCCCUCAUUAGCAAGGCCCCGCUUGUCACCCCACGACUCCUCAUCAAUAAGGAGAAGACAGGCCAGCGGGACCCCUUCUUGGGGCUCAUGGGUAUGGGGGGAGGCAUGGACUUUGACUCGGACAAGGCCUACAGGGACGUGGCCUGGCUCGGGGACUGUGAUGAGGGCUGUCUAGCCUUGGCGGACUUCCUGGGAUGGAAGAAAGAGCUGGAGGCCUUGGUGAAGAAGGAGCACGCAGCCAUCGAUGCCCAGGCGGGGACCAGCCUGCAUCCUCUCUCAGCCCCGGCAAAAUCUGCUCAGACUGACAAGGAACCCCCCAAAGCUGAGGAAGGCCAGAAACCCCAGUGAUGCCUCUGUGCCCUGCUGGCCCUGAGGCUGCUGCUGGCGGACAGACACUGCCCUCAUCUCUGACCCUUCUGGGGAUGAGCAGCUCCUAACCUCUAACCCUCCCCAGGCCCUCCCUGCUCCAGGACGAGGCCUGCGCGCUAAACCUCCCCCUGGCGUCUGACCUUCCUUUCGAAGGUUGCCCUCAAAGCUCUAACCUCUAACCGUGUCCUGGGGUCUGGCUUCUCAGCAGAGGGAGUUUGGGGCCUGCACCCCCUCCCAAUGUCUAACCCCCCUCAGGGGCCCAGGACCCCAAUAUCUCCCUCCCCAGGGAGGUUGGGAUCUCCACACUUCGAGCGCCCCUCCUAACAGCUAACCCCGCCCGUGGGAGGUAAGGGCCUGCACUCCCCACGUCCCCUCCCUUGGACACUGAAAGGGGGUGGGAAGCUAAGGGGACGUGUCUGUGACUGGAGCUCAAUAAAGCCGAGUGGGAUCCGA